UUGAGAAUUCCAAGGACCUUUCAUUUUCAUGAGUAUGGACUGACCAUCGCCAUAACCAACACAACACGCCUUCUCUCUCUACCCCGACGGAAAGUUCCUUCUCCGUCGCGUCCCCGCUUCCUGCCUCGGCCGCGUGCCCUUCACGAAAUCCACCGUGCUUUCCCCCUAAGUUCAGUCACAGACGAUCAAUUCCUCAUCUCUUCCCAUCCGAAUUUCUCCAGGAAGUUUCUAGACAGACGCGCAGCUCCGGCCAGAGAUGAGCUUUCAGGAUCUGGAAGCCGGCCGGGGCCUGGUUUCCUCGAGGCGAGACCUCAUCAGUGGCAAACAGGACGCCACGCAGGCCGUGGCCUCCGGGAUUUUCCAGAUCAACACCGCCGUCAGCUCCUUCCACCGGCUGGUCAACACCCUCGGAACCCCCAAGGACACCGCGGAACUCCGCGAGAAGCUUCACAAAACAAGGCAGUAUAUUGGAGAGCUGGUGAAGGAUACUUCAGCAAGGCUCAAGGAAGCCAGUGAAACGGAUCAUCACUCUGGAAUCAGCCCUAGCAAGAAAAUUGCGGAUGCCAAACUCGCAAAAGAUUUUCAGGCAGUUCUCAGAGAAUUUCAGAAGGCUCAGCGGCUUGCAGCUGAGAGGGAAACAGCAUACACCCCGUUUGUUCCCCGUCCUACCAGUUACACAGAUAAUGAGCUUAAUGUAAGUUCAGAUAAAAGUCAGGAACAGCGUAUGCUUCUCGUUGAAUCCGGAAGUCAGGAGGUUGUGCAUUUGGAGAAUGAGAUUGCCUUCAAUGAGGCUAUUAUUGAGGAAAGAGAGGAGGGAAUUCGAGAAAUCCAGCAACAAAUUGGGGAGGUGAAUGAGAUCUUUAAGGAUCUCGCUGUGCUUGUUCAUGAACAAGGAGCAAUGAUCGAUGACAUUGGGUCUCAUGUUGAAAAUGCCCAUGCUGCCACUGGUCAGGGGAAAUCCGAGCUUGUGAAAGCUGCGAAAAUUCAAAGAUCAAAUUCAUCUCUGACUUGUUUGCUUUUGGUCAUCUUCGCGGUCGCACUUCUCAUCGUGGUUGUGGUUCUUGGAGCAUGAGAAGAUAAGGAUGUCUCGUUUCACUUAAUCCCCAGGGAAUGCUUGGGAAAAAGCGAUAGAAAGCUCUUCUAAUCUGUUCGAUAAUUUUCGUUCACAGGGCAUCCUAUAUACGUGGCUGAACGAGUAUGUGUGUAGUUCUGCUGUGGGUUGGCCUCACAAAUGUUAAAAUAACACAUAUUGCAUUCUUUCUUUUGGGUUUGGGUUCUCAUGGGACGGGUCUUUUGGAUGGGCUGGUGGUGGUGUUUAUUUGUUUGGACUCUGCUCAGCCGCUAGGGUGGUCUGCAGAAGUUCUGUAUCUGUUGAGAGACAAUGAAAUGAUCUGUUCUUCGAAGUUCUCAUUCAAAGUGGAUUCGCAAUA